AGAAGGGGUAGAGGCUUCAAGGGACAAAGGCGACAGGAUCGUUUCAGUGGUCGAUUAGUUCUGUCGCAGACAUGUUUCGCUGUGUCGGAAAAUUGGCCGUCGUGACCGGAGCCAGCUCAGGGAUCGGGGCUGCCAUCGUGCAAAACCUUGCAAAACAGGGAGUCAACGUCGUCGGAAUCGCCCGGAGAGAGAGCAAAGUAAAGGAAUUGGCGGAGAGACUUUUAAAUGAGAAGGGAAAGGUUUACCCCUACAAGGCCGACAUUACAGAUGAGUCGGAAGUGGUCCAGGCGUUCCAGUGGAUCGAAACCAAUUUAAAACAGCCGGUCAAAAUCUUGGUUAACAACGCCGGCCUUUCCAUUUUACGGGACACAAAAGAGGGCAACACGGACGAGUGGAAAAAGAUGUUCGAUUUGAAUGUGAUCGCAGCUGGGACUUGUGUUAGAGAGACGCUAAAAUCAUUGAAAAACCAUAAUACAGAUGAUGGACAUAUCGUAAAUAUUUGCAGCAUUGUAGGCCACAGGACCCUGGCAGAUUUUCCCGGUUUCUACGUCUACUCGGCGACGAAACACGCACAGAAGGUGAUAUCCGAGGGGCUGCGUCAGGAAUUAAUUAGAGCUAAGAGCAAGACGAGAGUGUCGAGCUUGAGCCCCGGUUACGUGCAAAGUGAACUUUUUGCAUCGGCCCCUGAAGACAACAUGCAAACAUUAGCUGAAUCACCUCACCUUAAACCGGAGGACAUUGCAGACGCAGUAUCCUUCAUUAUAAACGCCCCAGAACACGUUAGGGUUCACGAAUUGACAAUCCAGUCUGCCGAGGAGUUAUUCUAAGUGAAAUAAGCACUUCCAUAAAAUUAUAUUCGUAACCAUAUAUGUAUCUUUUACCAUAUAAAUCUUGCUUAAAAAACCCAACCAAUUUUGUUUAAAUCACAAAUCUUUGUAAUUUAAUUAUUUGUAAUAAAUGAACAAAUCUUUUACCAAAA